UUGCACUUAGAUUAAGUGAGUACUUGCAUUCUCAGUGCUUUGAUAUCCCUCAGAACUGGUUCGACAAUCAUCUAUACUACAACAUUUGUCUUAGGAGCCUUGAAAACUCCUAACAUCAGCAGCCUAGGACAGCAAGAAUCCCACACAUAGCGGCGGCAAUACAGAACACAACGGCUUCUGAGAACAUAUUCUUACCUUUGAAAGUCCAACAAGAAUCUUAUGCUCUGCUCUGACUUGCUCAAUAAAAAGACUUGUUCACAAUGAUUAAAAAUUCCAAUAUAUAUCAUCAGUUCAGUUAAUUAUAUAAGAUAUUUGAUUUAUCUCUAUACAUUAUAGAUGAGAUAUUUCAUUUACCUCUUCAUAUAUCUAAAUGAAGUGGAAUAAGCUUAUAGUUUCGCUAGGUUUUCUGUAACUGUUCCUGGUAAUAUAUACUGACUUGGGUGAUGGGAAAGAUUAGAUAGUUUCCUUAAGGAUGAUGUGCAAUGUUCUAUGAAGUUUAUUGUUUAUGUCUUUGAUUCUGUUCUCAUUUGUUUGUCUACAAUGCCAUGAAAGAUAUUAGUUACUGUUUAUAGGCCUCUCCUUCUUCGUCUUAUACUAUAUAGGGAAUCUGAUUGUAUAUGAACCGAUGAUAAAUAAUAAUAAUCUUAAAAGGCUAUAAACAAUGUUCUCUCAUCCAUUCCACUUUCUAUACAAGAUCUUGACUUGCAGAUUUGGUUCAUAUUCACACUAACUGACAUUCUGUCUGCUGAUGCAGUUUUCAAGCUAAUCAAUAUAUUCCUCUUCCAAGCCACUCUCUUGUGUGAUGAAUGACAACGUAGUGGAGUUGUUCUACCAUCUCCUACUACUGUGGUCAUUUCACUGAUAUUUUAUUCUUGAGUUUCUUAAUUCAAGGGACUUGUCAGCCAUUUGGGACUUAUAUAUGUCCAACUCAUAUAACAAUCCCACUUUCUGCACCUUAAAUGAUACAUAAUAAGUCAUAUUCAAACCCACAUUGGCAAUGAGAGAAAGUCUCUGUUACCAUGUUUCACUUUCAAGCCAUAUGGAGUUUGCUAGGGAAGGAAAGUCGCUUCAGUUCAAUACAGGUAUCUCAUCAUGUUAGGUAGCUGAAAGAGUUUUGUUGUUGUGGAGUCCUGCUUGUUUAUAACUGUGUUUUGAUUCACAUGUUUCCUGGUUCAUGUCCAAAAAGGGUUCUGCAGAUUUCGUGUUGUUGGAAUAACUAGAUAGUUGAAAAUAGCAAUGAUCUUGUUCAUGCUGAUUCACCUAAUUUAGUUUAUCUGAAGGUUAAGUCAAAGAUAUUCUCAAAGAUCUAUCUGCCACAAUAUUAUAUAGGUGAAAUCGUCAAACUUUUAGACUUUUAUGCAGAGUUUAAUAAUUGUUAUUACUUUUCACUAUUAUCUUAAGUUUUGGGGGUGGGCAUCUGUAAUCUGUGUGCUGUUCACAUCCAUCAGUCUGAGUCUACAGUUUAUCUUUCUGUGUUGUUAAAUAGUUUUGGGAGAGUUCUUGUGUAUCUUUUGUUUUUCUGAAAAAGAUAGGGAAAUUUUUGAAGCUUUAAGGGAUAAGUCAGUGUUUCCUCAAUGUUAAGUGCUAUCAAUUUAGAAUAAGUACAAAAGGCUUAGGACAAAUAGCAGAUCUAAAGGCGUUUGUCUAUGGAUAGCUUUUAUGCUCUUUAUUGGAACUCCUUUUAAAGACCUGACGUACCAACCCCAACCAUGUGUUUUAGAGUUAUGCACAGCUUUUUAUGAUGCUUUUGUUAUGACUAUUCUAUUGUGGAUCCUAUUCUUACGUAUAUAUUCAUGCAGAGAUCUUCGUACUUUUCGGGUCAGGCCAUGUGACUUACUUUUCAUGCAAAAAGCUUCCCCAGUCUUUUGUCUUUAAACUCUUAUACUUUCGUGAAAAGAUCCAACACUUUAGCCAGUUUGUUCUAGCUACCAUGUUGUUUUGACAGCCUUUCAAUUUUCUUGUCUUCUGUUUGAUGCUUGAUGGUGAGGCAGAACGAUAAACUCAAAGAACAUGGCGAGUGGCUUGGAAAUUUCUUAGGUUCGUAAAUGCUUAUUUCCAUCUUUUUGUUUAGUCACUAGUAUACUCUUUUUUUUUUUGUAACACAGUCACUAGUAUACUCAAUUACAAUCUUUAAUGAAGCAAAUGUGGUUGCUCCGAGCACAGACGAGCUUACUAUAGUAAAAGUCUUUCAAAAUUUGAUGGCUUUUCCGCUGGUUUUGAGCUAUGUUGAUUGGUGAUUUUAAAGGAACUAUCUAGGGAAUAUCCUUUUCAUAGUAAAGCUCACAUUUCCAAAAAAAGUGCUCUAUAUGUUGUCUAGAUGUUGGCGAAGAUUUGUGAAAUACUAACCAUAUACAUUAAUUUAUCAUAGUUAGGAUAUGGUGAAGGUUAGGACCUUUGGAACCCCCUAUAAGAGCUUUUAGUGAGAAGGCACUUAAACUCAACCAGGAACCGAGUUGAGAUAGCCACUACAAAUCCUUUUUGGAUUCUAAACUUUUUUUAAUUCUACCUAUUUGCAAUAUAUGUAGCAAAGAUGAUGUGUUCUUAGUUCUUACUAAUAUAAGGAGUAGUUGGUUUAUUAUUAGUAUAUAAUAUAUAGAUAUAUAGAUACAUUUUACAUCCAGUUUGAUGAUUAAGGUGUUUAUGUAUAUAGAAUACCAAUAAAACACAUAGCUGGCUUGCUUUAUGAUGCCUAAUUAACCUUGUUUAACCAAUCAAUCUUAUUUAUUUAUAGCUAGUGGCCUCUAAGCUCAUGGGCUAUGUAUAUGGGGAUUUCAGUUUGGGCUUUGCUAUAUUGGAUUUAACAAAACUGAGGUUAGACAAUCCUAAACAUGCUUUUAUGUGGUGUUCUCUUCUAAGAUUUGCAGUGAGCUCAAGAUAAACUGUUUGAACCUAUUUUCUAUGGCAGGUAUAAUCACAGAAAGCAAAUGAUAUUAAUACCUCAAAGGAGGUGGAGACACAAAAACUUGUGAACAAAAAUGGAAAAAGAGAUGUAAUCCUUCUUGAAAUUCCUGGUAAAUAAUAUAUAUAGUAUAUAUUUCUAAAGCACUGCUUAAUUUUGAUAAAAAUAGAUCGUGAAAUCAUAUUUGCUUUCAUUUUCGUUAAGUGGUGUUCCUAAUAUGAUAGGUUUUUUAUGAUGAUUUUAUUUCCUGCAUUCUCUAUAUUCCCUAGAUUGCCUCUAGCCAGACUUUGGGCAAACACUCGGCAGUUACAUGCACCUUAACUAACUAAGAUCUAGAUUGACUCUAGUCCUUGAGCAACUUGGUUUGUAGGAGAUACACAUUCCUAGAUAGUUUUAUUCUUUUUGCAUUUAUACAGAAACUUUACUUUGUUAAACUCUCUUCAUCUGUUUUUCUUCGUUGCUGUGUGUAUUAUAUGCUAAAUGCUAGACAUCACUGUUGCAUCCAAAACAACACAUCUUUAGAGCUCUUGGAUGGCAUAUUCUUCCAUUGUUAGCAUCCAUGUCUUUCACUGUCUCUAGCUGUAAAACGACGUACACCACAAAAGAAGUUCAGCCACCUAAAAUGACGUUUAGUGGUUGAUAGUUAACUACAAACAACACGUAAGACCAUACGUUUUAGUUCAUAUAGUAUUUGACUGACUUUAUAAAAUUAAUGGUAGACAUUCUUGUUCUUCCUUUUCAUUUUGUCAUGUUCUUGAGGUUUCUUGUGACGAUGCUUUUUCUACGUACCAGAUGCUCCAGCAAUGUUGGGCGUAACGGUUGAGAAAACUAUGUGCUAAUUUAGUAUUCCAAAUGAAUUGAGUAAGCAAUAAGAUUUUGAAUGGUGAUUUCUUGUUUCACUUUCUGGAUUUGAAUAAUAUUUUGAGUUACAAAGACUAAUGCCUUUUAGACCACUAUCAUAUAAAACUAAUAACUUCUAUACGUAACCACCGUUAAUUUGAUUACUACAGACAAAAUAGAAAUUACCAAACAGAUUUCCUGUACCCAUCGCUGUAUUCCAUGCUAGUGCUAGAAUGUGAACAGUUGAAAAGAGGAUGUUGAAAAUUAUACGUAUAUAUACGUGUGCAUACUUGCGUGAUGAUACACGUGUGUCUGACAUUUUUUCUUCUUGGUUUUACAGUCACAACUUUCGUAACUUGUUGGAAUUUCUUUCAAGAACCUCAAUGAUGCUAAUCAUAUCCGAAAACGCGCAUUCUGGUUUCCUCUGACUUGUGUAAGUACCAAGAUUUAAGUAUUAAAACUACAGAUAAGCCCUACGCACCUUAUUAAAGGUAUAUUCACGUUUAUGUAAAAUAGGUAAUUAAAGGGUUAACUAUGUUCAUUGGUGGCAUAGAAAGUCCGAGAAUUUAGACGCGUUGGUUAGAAACUUAGGAGAAGAAGCAAUUCAGUUGUUUAGCUGACAUUUACAACCAAGUUGUUUUUUUUUUUUAAUAAGAGGAAGAGAACGGUUUAAGUGACAUCACAUAUUUCAUAAUUAAUACUUUUGUAAGAACCUAGUGUCUUCCUUAAUUUUUUAGUAUUUUGUGUACCUGCUUCCUCUAUUCGAGACUGUGGUCCACUCUGUGAGGAACCCUAAUGCAACAAGCAAUUCAAAUCCCUCUUUCCCUAAAUUUAAUUAAUACUUUUGUAAGAGUUCUCGUUUUUUAAUCCCUAUUUGAAAGUUCGUAGGCUUGUAUAUCUCGUAGCUAGGUAUACACGAUGAUACCCGCAAGCUUAAACCAUUUUAAACUCUAGGAUACAUGUUCAUGGGAUUAUUUCACUUUGAUACGAUGAAUCGAAACCCUACACGUUCCGGAUGCUUGUAUAAUGAAACUGACAAAAUGGCUUCAUUAAUAGGCUUCUGAUAUGGCUCUAUAUCCUCUACAUGAAAAAAUUAAUAGUUACUUGCAUGUUGGUCUAAAUGAAAGUUGUAUUUGUUGGGUAAUCUAGGCAAUGGUAAUUUGUCAAGCUUCAUGCGUAUUCAUAUGUUUAUACUUGCAGUGAAUGAAUAAUGAGUUAAAUGACAAUUUGGUAUUGAGAAUCCAUACAAAAGCUUCAUUUUCACCUACAGGUACUGCCUACACUAAAAUAUCUUCUGGAAACUGACAGAUUCUGAUGCCCUCAUUUGGUAAAACAUUUCUUGUUUGAUUUUUCUAUGUUUCUUGAUAUGAUGUCUUUCAGUUUGAAACUCUGCACGAAACCUGUACCUUCAUUAUAUAGAAGACACAGAAGAAAAGGACAAACUCAAAAUAUGCCAUUGGCUGAUUUUUUUUAGGCCGAGGGAGAAAGUCUUUUAGGUUUUGAAGAUGGUGGAGAUUUAGAUAAUUUUCUGCACCCACCUAUCCUCUAACCAGCUCUUCCCUAAUCGUCAAAAUCCAUCACAUCUAGCAUGUCACCAUCACUGAUAUAGAGUAAGUUAUUCUUCUGAUAGCACCAAAACUUACCACUGUUACCUGUCCUCCGUAUUUGUAUGUCCAUUACUAUUGAUCUCUUAAUUUUCAUCAAUUGGAUUCUCAUUGAUUGGAGAUAGAAUAUGAUAUUUGGUUAGCAAUGGUAGUAAUACUUCUAUAAUGUUACUAUUAAUAUUUUUUUCUGAACAUUUCCAUGCUGAUCUUGUUAUUGGCAUAUCUUCUACUGUGAAAACAAUAUUUUGCUAUGUUACAGUUAAGAUGAUACGAAACAUAUAUAUAUGCGGAUAAGUUGUAUUGUAGACUGUAGUUAUGAUACGCUUUCACUGCUGCAGGUUUCUUCAUUUGGUACAUUUAACUUCCUAGAAAAGGUAUAUUUACGGGUUGGAAAUCUCUGUAAGUAUCACCUAAGUUUUGCGAUACCAGGACUUUCUCAUGAUGUGUCAAACAAGAAAUUACAGUGUCAUAUCAGACCCACUCUGCAGAUUUGCUACGUAAUAUAGCUUUGGACUUAUUUUAGUUUUAUAAAAUAUUCUCAUUUACAGAGAUAAUAGCUCCUAGGGUUCAUUGCUUAAAUUUUGUUUUGCUGGUUGCAAUAAUAAUAUGGCUACGUAUAUAAAAAAAAUCCAUAAAUUAACCAGCCAUGAAAGUGGAUGAUGCGUGGAAACCUAUCUUGCGUGCCAGAGGAGAUGUCUCUCUUUGGCCACCCUUUUGUUGCCAUGUGUUAUUGGCGCUGACUUAUAUUUCAAAUCCUUUCUCUUUUGAUUUGUCUGGAUUGAUUAUAAAAUAUAGCUAACAGAUUCUUCCUCCUGUCAAGUUCCUUUUAUUGCCCCUCUCCUCCAUCAUUACCUACUCAGAGAAGAUCUUUUAUGGAUUUCAUAAAAAAGAUGAUGAAACCUUCUAACUUAACUAAGUUGAUCUAUGUUUAUGUGUGUGUAGAAUCUUUCAGUAGCAGGAAACUCCAAUAACCUCUAUGAUAGCCUCAUUUAUGAAAAUAAAUAAAUUGUAUACUAGAUUUGGGACUGUGAAGAGACCGAGCAAUAACUAUGUGUUGUUAUUCUCCUUGACAAAUGCAGGGUUUGGUACUAGGGCAUAGUGAUGGCUACUGAUGAACUGCUUCUUAAUUAAAGACAUGUAAGAGACCAAUUGAUAUGUGUUUGACCGUUUGUCCAUUGAAGACGGCUAUUCCCGAGAUGAUACUGAUAUUGCUUAAGACAAGAAGAAGAAUUUACAUUGAAUGAUUUUUUCACACUGGUAAGGGGAUGCGUAUGUGAGAGAAAAAAAUAGAAAAAAAAAAUGGAGUUGAAAGGUGAAAAUGACAUGGUUGUUUUGGUAAACGAAUAGGAAGGAACCACGUGAUGAAAUGGACAUGAAGAGAAAAGGGUGCUAGGUUUAAUAUAAAUAGAAGUAAGAAGCAGUUAGUGGUUGUGAAGAGAGGAGGCAAGCGACCAAACCUCAGAGAAAUAACAGUAUUAGAGGAAGAAAAGAGAAACAAUACCGUUGUUAAUUAGAUACAAGAUCAGCGAACAUGGGAAGAUCUCCUUCUAGUGAUGACUCUGGUCUCAAGAAAGGUCCUUGGACUCCUGAAGAAGAUGAGAAACUUGUGAACUAUGUCCAAAAACAUGGCCAUAGUAGCUGGAGAGCUCUUCCUAAGCUUGCUGGUCUUAACAGGUGUGGGAAGAGUUGUAGGCUAAGAUGGACGAACUACUUGAGACCUGACAUCAAGAGAGGGAAAUUUUCUCCAGACGAGGAACAAACUAUCUUGAACCUUCAUGCAGUUCUUGGAAACAAGUGGUCAACGAUUGCAAACCACUUACCGGGGAGAACAGACAACGAGAUCAAGAACUUCUGGAACACUCAUCUGAAGAAAAAGCUGAUCCAAAUGGGAAUAGACCCAAUGACUCACCUGCCUAGAACUGAUAUCUUCUCCAGCUUAUCUCAGCUCAUGUCUCUGUCCUCUAACUUAAGAGGUUUUGUUGAUAUGCAGCAACAGUUUCCAAAUGGUCAAGACCAAACUAUACUGAAACUCCAAACCGAGAUGGCCAAACUCCAGUUGUUCCAAUACCUUCUCCAACCACCUACCAUGAGUAACAACAUUAGAAACCCUAAUGACUUUGACAUUCUCAGUCUCCUUAACUCCAUUGCCUCCUUCAAAGAAAUCACCAGCAACAAUCUAGACCUUGGUUCCAAUCUUCAGGACUUUAACAGCUUACCAUCCUUAAAAACCCUAAACUCCAACAUUGGACCAUCUUCUGUUCUCCCCCAAAUUCCUGAAGACAAUCACUUCAAGUUCUGUAAUGAAAGGGAGAACUUACCAGUAUCUCCAAUCUGGCUCUCGGAUCCUACCAACUCUAACCAGCACAUGCUACCAUCUCUUGAUCCUUCCUCUGCGGUGAGUGAUGAUAUGAUUAGAAACCAAUAUGUUAUUGAACAUGUCAAUAGCAAUCUCACCUCUUCAAGUCAAGAGUCAGGAGCUUCAGCUUCAGCUGCAUGGCCUGAUCAUCUAUUGGAUGAUUCCAUAUUUUCCGAUAUGAUUCCCUAGCCUUUUCUGGUAUGUUUUGGAGGAACUUGAAAUCGAAUUUACGCUUGGGAGUACUGUGCUUUGUUGGAUAAUUUAUUUGCAUAUUAAUAUAUAUUGUAGACACAUAAUAUGUAUGGGUGUUCAUGUUGUAGCAUGUACAGUAUAGUACAGGUUUCAUAACUCAUAUGUGUGCUGUUAUCAAUGUCUUUACUCUUUAGCAUAUGUUUGUACCUUAUAGCCGUGUUUUUAUAUAUAGAGAUGACUUUUGUGAAGUGGAGGUCACUUCUAGUUGUAAUUAGUUUUUUUUUGGAUCUUUUGUGUUUACUCUUCCUGAUUACAAUCAUGUAUCAGUAUA